UGAUUGGCUGGGCUGGGCUGGGCCGGCCGAACUGAGGCAGCGGCGAUGGCGGCUGUCGGGACGGACGCUGAUACCGAUGCUCACAUUGUGGUCCACAGACAGCUGCAAGACAUUGUCCUCGUCCAGCAGCAGCAGAUUGAAUACUUAAGCGAAAUGAUAAAGAAUAAAGAAGAAGAAUCAGUAAGCAUAAAGAUAUAUGAAGAUGUUGUGAAAGAAUUGGAGAAUGAAACAUUUCAGCAUGCUAAAACAAAGUCAUUACUUUCCAAGGAGUCUGAAAAACUGCAAUUUGCACUUGGUGAAGUAGAAAUUCUAAUGAAACAGCUAGAACGGGAAAAGAAUGCCUUUGAAAAUGCACUGGAAAGUAUUAAAAACAAGGCAUGGAAGGAAGUAAACAAAAACGACAAGUUAAAAAGCAAGUGCAAUGAUAUUGAGAAUAAAGUAGAAAAGCAAGAAGAUAUCUUAAGUAGCAAAGAAGAUCAGAUCAAAGAACUUUGUCAUCAACUUGCAAAGCAGAAAGCCACAUUGAAACAACAGGUUACUGAGUUUGAAAUACAGAAGCAGCAAAAUGCUUAUAUUGAACGUGUACUGGAAGGAAAAAAGAAGAAAGCGUGUGGAAAGUUUAUUCCUACCUCAAAGUAGCCCUGUAUACAUAGACUUUUACAGACUCCUAAAUAUUUCCUAAAUAUUACAAUAUUAUUUGUCAACUGGUCAAAUUUUGAAUUCUUUUGAUAGAAUGAUGCUUUCAGCGAGAUGUUGUUACUGUAAUUUAAUGUAGAAUAGUACAUCACAGGAACAGGCCCUUCGGCCCACAAUGUGAGCUGACCAUGAUGCCAAUUUAAAUUACUCAAAUCUCCUGUACAUGGUCUAUAUCCCUUCAUUCCUUGUCUGUCUAAAUGCCUGUUAAAUGUUGCUAUCGUAUCUUCUUUGAUCAUUUCUCUUGGCAACGUGUUCUAAGCACCUACCACUGUGUA